CUUCCCUCUCACCUCCAGCAUAAAGCGAUCGAUUCCUGGCACUUUGAUGGAAUUAUUGUUCUAUUAAAUUGCUGCACUGACCUCUCGGUGGAGGGGUGGCAGCUUUCUGUGCCCCAAGUUAGCCUUGAUUGUUUAUGGUUUAAAAUAAAUGGCAUGGCUUGCAGCUGACACAACAGCUCUCUGUCUGUGUUCCCCCACAGCCUGGAGCACACGUUAAGGUGCCAACCUGGCUCAGGAUGAACAGACGGCCGGUGAAGUCAGAGAGGCGGCGGGUGAACUCGCAGCAACACACGGACCCAUCCGAGCGGCGAGAGCUGAAGGCCUCCCCUCAGAAAGUGUCCAGCGAGCUUCUCAGGCACAGGAUUGACAGAUUGGAGAAGAGGAUAGAGGAAUUGAAAGCUGAAUACCAGAAACUCGAUCAGAAUGCAAAACAGCUCAUUCAGUCAUUUGAACCAAACUGUGAACACAUUGCAAAGGAAGCUGGAGAAGAAGAGCUCUGGUCAUCACUCGUGGAAGACAGGUUCACACGUGUGGAAGCCAACAUAUUCUUCGGUUAUGUUGUUGAUAUUCUUCAGUCUUUGCAUCUUCGUGUGUUGGAGAAACAGCCAGGUUUUGCCAGCUUUCUGCCCACUUUGUCUUCUAUUUUGAGGAGGAAACUUUGGGAUACGGAGCUUGAAGCCACAUGGACAAGUGUGCUCUCAGAAUUUGGACUGAAUGAAUCUGAUAUAAAGGCUCUAUGUGCAUUCUUUGUGACCUACUGUAAAGAUGCUGAGUAUUACCCAUUAAUAGAAAGAAAAAAGUACAGCCUAAAUAUCAAAGAAGUUUUAGACAGAGCUGUGCCCAGCCGCAUUCUACAUCAUUGUCUUCUCCAUCUUGUGCAGUUAGCAGACAAAGAAAGUAGUAUGAUGGCAACUGAGCAACAACAAGUCAACACUGCAAGCACACGAAACAAACCAAGACCCAAGUAAAGAUAGAUCUCAAACCUCCACAUCUGGAGAUUGACCUCAUCGUUCCACAAUUUAAAACCCUUUGCUUUGAGUUAAUAAAAUCAAGUCAUUGAUUCUUUGCAAAAUAGUCAAGCUAAAGUGGUAUAUUGAUAUUGGUAGUAAAAUUCCCCUUGUAUCUCAUACUGAAUGUUGAACGGAUAAACAUCCAUUCAAUGUUUGUCAGUGCGAUAUGGCAAAAAAAUCCAGGAAUGAAACAAAUAUUAAAAUCACAACACUGCAGACAGAAGGGAUGCCAAAAUUUGGUGUGUGAAGUUCAAGACUCUGUAGUGAUAUAAGAUUUCAGUCAGGGAAUGGACAGGUCCUUUGGAAAUUUCCAACCAGCGCCUAAAUGUUUAUACAUGAGAUAUUCCAGUUGUGACGAAGGAUUCUAUAACUGAAACAUUAUGUAGGCAAAAGUGAAGACUGCAGAUGCUGGAGAUUAGAGUCAAGAUUAGAGUGGUGCUAGAAAAGUACAGCAGGUCUGGCAGCAUCCAAGGAACAGGAAAAUCAAUGUUUCAGGCAGGAGCUCUUCAUUCCUGACGAAGGGGUCCUGCCCGAAAUGUCAAUUUUACUGCUCCUCGGAUGAAAUAUUAUGUACUUUAUCAAUUGACUAUUGAGUCUUUCCAGCAUUAACUUAACAUUUUUGCUUCAGAUUUCCUGCAGUAUCAGUAUUCUUUUAUGAUAAAGUUCAGUCUGCUGAGAAGCACCUGAGAACAUGCAAACAGUUAAAACUAUCCCAGGCAUGGUUUGUCUGAAGUGGAUUUCAAUGCCAGUUACCUGUGAUUAAACAGCUUGCUUUAUGUUUUAUGUCCCUCGGUUUCAAAACAUUGUUUCUAAUUUCAGUCUGCAGUUUUAAAAAAAAGCCUUUGCAGUGGUGGAACACGGACCAUUGUUGGGCCUCAACUGUUUAUAAUCUAUAUUAAUGAUUUGCAUGAAGGGAUUAUGUUUGCAGUAGCCCGAUAGAUAGGAACUCAAGUUUCAGGAGAUGAUGAAUAGAUAUAGAUUGGAAAAAUGUAAAAUGGAGGAAGUGGAAAAAACAAUAUUAUUCAAUUGGAAAGAGACUGAAGAAUGCUGGAGUACAGGGGAUCUUGGUGUCCUUGUGCAUGUGUCACUGAAAAUUGGUAUGUUUGUGCAGGAAGUAAUAGGUGGUCAAAUUGAUUGUUAUUCUUUGUAGCAAGUGCAUGGACUAUAAAAAUAAGAAAGUCUUGCUACAACUGUACAGGGGUCUGGUGAGAUUGCAUCUAGAACACUAAAUAUAGUUUUGGUCUCUUUUUAAUUGCACUGGAGACAAUUUAGUGAAUACUCUAUAAGUUCAAUAAUGAAUAUUCAAAAAGUUGAUUCUGGGGAUGAAGAAGUUGUCUUAUGAUCUUUCUCCUCAUGGUGCUACCUGCUAAAGCACAGUUUCAAAAUAAGGAGUCCCCUAUUUAGGUACAGGGGGAAUUUCUUCUCUCAGCAGGUUGUUAAUCUUUGGCAUUCUCCACCCCAUAGGAGUAGAGAGUAUGUUAUUGAAUAUAUUGAAGACUGGGUUAAAGAUUUUUUUGUUACACAGAUUAGUGCAGGUUUAUUCUGAGCUUCUGGAUCUCGCCACUGACUUUUUCAGUCAACCUACACGAUACUACUGGACUCAUCAACUUCUCCUGGGGACUGCUGGCUCUGGGUCCUUUUAUAGCUUUCAUCCAGAUCCAGUCACCUCAAAUGUUUUAGGUUCCAAUCUCAGAUUCAGUUUUAGCUCCUUAAGAAACUGGAAGUGGCACAUUCCUUUGUCGGUUUCAUUUUCAAUUAGGGUCUACUUCAAAAAAAUACAAGCUUUAACAGCAGAUUAUACCACACAACAAAAACUAAAAUGUUCAGAUCAUGAUUUAGACACUGGUUGAUGGGAUUACAAUGGUAUGUGCUAUCUUUUGCAUCUAUAUACUAGUUUCAUGUGUAAUCUAAAAGAUUGCACCAAUGACCUGUGCAGCACUGAAGUGUCAGGCUGGAUUUUACAAUGAGGUACCUGCCCUUGACUCAAGCCAAGAACUUUCGGAUUCAGGAACAAAACUGAUAACAAUAGAAGUAGAAUCCCUAUUGUGUGGAAACAGGCCCUUUGGCCCAACAAGUCCACCAUGAUCCUCUGAAGAGUAUCCCACUCAGACCCAUUCCUCUACAUUUACCCUUGACUUAUGCACUUAACCUAUACAUCCCUGAACACCACGAGCAAUUUAGCAUUGCCAAUCACCCAACCUGACAAUCUUUGGAUUGUGGGAGGAAACCAGAGCACUGGAAGAAACCCACGCAAACAUGGGGAGAAUGUGCAAACUGCACACAGUCACCCGAAGCUGGAAUCGAAACCGGGUUUCUGGUGCUGUGAGGCAGCAGUGUUAACCACUGAGCCACUGUGCUGCCCUUGAUCGACUAGGAGAAAGUGAGGACUGCAUAUGCUGGAAAUCAGAGUAAAAAAGUGUGGCAGUGGAAAAACCACAGCCAGUCAGGCAGCAUCCAAGGAGCAGUCAAGUCAAUGUCUCAUACUCCUCAGAUGCUGCUUGACCGGCUAUGCUUUUCCAGGGCCACACUUUUUGACUGCUACCAUUAAUCCACUGCUGACAUCAAUAAAGAAGAGCCAGAGUGAAAUGCUUUCAGAAUGACAUCAAAAAAUCAGUGUGCCUCAGAAGUGUAAGCUAAGAUUGAUGUUGCCUCUGUUCAGUGGAACCACAAGUAAAUAGGUUAGAAUAAUCAAUUAGCAUGAUGCUUCCUAGCAAUCACCUCAAACUGCCAAAGAUGUCCCACAUGAUGCAUCUGGGAUGUCCUCAAAUGAACUAUGAGGCAGUGAAAUACUUUUCUUGUGUUUCGCAAUCAACUUUUGCUUGCAAUUUUAAUUACCUAGCAGUCUGAGCCAGGGAGGGGAGGAGUUAAAAAGUUGUGGACAGUCAUGCAAUGGAAAGCUCUUUGGACACUUAUUACAAUGAGUUGAACUCAUCUGAAUACUUUGUCAUGAAGAACCAAAUCCUCAAGUGUACAUCCAGAAUUUAAGAUCAAUUUAACUUAGAGACAACAUAGUUAGUCCCUGUCUGAGGGGAUAAGGGCAGCAGAUACAUAGUAUCACCUGCAGGUUCUCCUCCAAGGCACACAUCACUGUCACUGGAAUUACAAUCAACCAACCUUUGGCUGUCACUGAGUUAAUAUCAUUGAACUCACUUCCAAUUACACUGUGGGGUGUAUCUAAAUUGCAUGAACUAUAGCGGUUCACCACCACCUUCUUGGAGAUAAUUAGGGGUGGACGAUAAAUGCUGGCAUACCUAGUGAUAUCCACAUUCUGUGAAAUAUCUUAAAAGUCUAGUACUGGUGAAGGUGCUGACAAGCUUGGUGGAAUGAAUGAACUAUGCUACAAUCCUGAUCUAUAUUCAUCUUAAACUGUUUGCCUAAAAAGCCAUGAAACACUUGCUGUCAAAGUUUUGUUUUGUUCAGUCUUG